AUGGAUUUUUAUUUAGAAAUUGACCCCGUGACCCUGAACCUGAUCAUCCUGGUAGCUAGCUAUGUCAUCUUACUCUUGGUUUUCCUGAUUUCUUGCAUACUAUAUGACUGUAGAGGGAAAGAUCCCAGUAAAGAGUAUGCUCCUGAGAUUCCAACUGAAACUCAGCCUCCAAUCCGGCUGGUGGUGAUGCAGCAAGGAAACCCCGGCACCCACUGGCCUAAAGGACUUGUCCCCGCUUAUCAAAAUACCACUGGUCCCCCAGGAAAAAGGACUACAGUAGUUUAA